UUGUGGUGUGUCCAAACGUGUGCUGUUCGCGGUUUUAAAAGUGAUUCGAACGUGGCUGCGAUGGAUCAGUUGAUUCUAUAUCCAAUAAGUGAUUGGUCGCAAAAAUGAUCCGGCCGCGCGAUUUAGUGUUUGUGUUAGUUGUAGCAUUCCACGUGUCAAUGGUUUGCAGUGCCGCUGUUUUUGUAGAGCGUCCUUUCCAUGACGAGCCGUUUUAUCCGUCCGAUUUGGACGGGGCGAACUCAACCAAAUAUAGAGACCUAACGGCCGGAUUCAAAUGGAACAAAACCUUGCUGUCGUAUUCUAUUAUCAACUUUCCGACGGGAGUUCCUCCGAAUUUAAUUAGAACAACAAUUCGGCGAGCGUUCGAUGCGUGGAGUAGGUACACAAAUCUGAACUUUGUGGAAAGUUUGUCUGCGAUGGUGGAUAUACAGUUGGCGUUCGAGGGUGUGAAUCACUACCGUCGGGGUCUCCCCUGUCGCUUCAGCCAGGAAAUUACAUUGGCUCACGCGUUCUUCCCGGAGGACGGUGACAUUCACUUCAACAAGAAAUAUUUCUUCACGGAGGGUGCGUCCAUCGAGCAGUUUCUCAACACGGCGGUGCAUGAGAUCGGUCACUCGCUGGGGCUGUUACAUUCGUCUUCCAGGAAAUCUAUUAUGUAUGGAGCCCAGCUUCAGGAACUGUUUUCCGAACCACAGCCAGAGGAUAUACAGGCCAUUCAGGAAAUUUACGGAAUCCGUUCGGCGCCGCAAACGACAACUCAGCCUCCGCCAAGAGCGAUUACCACUCCGAAGCCUCGAACCACAACCGAGCUUUGCUCUCUAUCCUCGUUUGACACCAUUGUCACCGAUCAUCGCGGGAAUGUCUGCGUUCUAGCAGGAAGAUUCUACUAUAACCUAAAUGAAACAAACCCUCCGCCACGCAAAAUAUCCGCAAAAUGGCCAGGCUUGCCACCGAACGUGGAUGCCGCCUUCACAUAUCGGGACCAGAAAACUUACUUCUUCAAGGGUGAUCAAUACUGGAAAUACGACAAACUCCGGAUGGAAGAGAACUAUCCCCGCAGCAUUGCAGUUAGUUUUCCGGGAGUGCCACAGGACAUGGACACAAUUCUGCUCUCUCCGACUGCUGGAUUCCAUGCGUUCCGCGGAACGCAGUACUGGUUUUAUGAUACACGAAAACUCAAACCAGUCGAGCGGCAUUUCCCGAAGCUGAUACGUGAGCUCGGGGGGUUCCCUGCGCGAUUGGAUGCUGCCCUGCUGCUCGGUGAGAGGAGAUACAUUUUCAGCGACUUGCGAUAUUACGAAGUCGAUGACGAGACUAGGAUUGUUGGCGAGAGUGGUGAUGUGCGACGAGAUUGGUUCAAUUGUGUGUGAUGGGUUGCUGAGAAUGUACUAACUCGGAAGUAGCACAUUCUCGGUCGUUGAUGAUUUGCAUAGAUUGGUUGUGAUCUUCUUAUUAUUCAAUGUGUCGUUGA